CGGCGCGCCGCGUCGUUUCCGUUGCCGGCAGUUUGCAGUUGGGGAAACCGAGGCAGCGCCAGCUUUGCCCCCCCUAGCUCUUCCGCUCCUGUGAGACAAACAAACAAUGUUUUUUUCUUUGUGGGACUUCUUCUAUGGGCACUUUUUCCGCUAUUGGAUGAAAUGGCUCUUGCGGCAGAUGACCGGGAAGUGCGAGCUGCAGCGGAUUUUUGAUGCCUAUGUGGGGGCGCAGAGGACACAGAGGAUAGAAAGUUCCUUGACACACUCCAAGAAUAAGGUCUUGCGUGACGCCACGCAGGUUGUGGAGAGUGAAGUGGACCAGUGUGUAGACGACAUCAUGAAAGAGAAGAACAUCAGCCCCGAGAAGGACACCAGCUUCCGCGUGUGCAUGAGGGCCUGCUUGCUGCAGAUCUCCGGGUACAAGCAGCUCUACCAGGACGUGGAGAGCGUGCGGAGGAAGCCCUACGACUCGGACAACCAGCAGCACGAGAAGAUGCUCCUGCGGCUUUGGAAGCUGCUGAUGCCCACGAAACAGCUGCAGAGCCGGAUCUCCAAGCAGUGGGCUGACAUUGGCUUCCAGGGCGAUGACCCCAAGACAGACUUCCGAGGCAUGGGCAUGCUUGGACUGAUCAAUCUUGUGUAUUUCAGUGAAAAUUACACCAGAGAAGCUCAUCAUAUUCUUUCCCGUUCAAAUCAUCCCCAGUUGGGGUAUUCUUAUGCAAUAGUUGGGAUCAAUCUCACGGAGAUGGCUUACAGCUUGCUCAAGAGUGACGCGCUCAAGUCCCACCUCUACACCUUCGUCCCUGGCAUGCCAACGAUGGAGCACUUCCAUCAGUUCUACUGUUAUCUUGUCUAUGAAUUUGACAAGUUUUGGUUUGAAGAAAAACCAGAAAGCAUUAUGUUGUUCAACGUGUACAGAGAGAAGUUUCACGAGAAGAUUAAAGGACUCUUGCUGGACUGUAAGGUAUCGCUCACUAUAAAAACAUGAGCUGUCCACCGUAGCUUCCCUUUCUACCCCAUUUUGCACACGCAGCAGAAUUUAUAUGUUGUAAUAGAAAUGAUCUGAUCACUACACUCCUUAUAGAAUUAAUUUCCUACAAAGAUAUUGCAGAAGUUCUAUUUAAGAAAGCUAAUGGACAAUCAGUGUAUGUUUACAGUUGUCUGUACACUGUAUCUUCUCCUGCCCAAGACCCCUCUGUGGAGCCAGGUGCACCCCAGUUUUUGAAACUCGGUUCUUAGCCCGUUCAGUGGAAGAGUGGAAAUCAGGUACUUGCAUUUAAAUUGGUUGAUUAAAAUGUGUCUAAAUCCAGUUGCAGUUUGGUGUGAUG